GCACAAAAAUGACUCAAGUCAGCAGCCGCUUAAACCCAAGCUAAACCUCUAUUAGCAGCGGCCGCAGCAGCAACGGUGGCUGCAAAAACAAAGAAGAAAGAUUUGGUCUUUGAAAUGGAAUUGAGUAAGAGUAAAUGCCCAAUUGAUAAAAAGUGCGCUUCUCAAAUCUCCGCUCUUCUGCAGCCUCUUGCUCCUCUUCAAGUCCAGGAGUAUUUCAAGGAGCUUAUAUCAACCAGGGAAUGCCAAGGCAUCAAAGUUCAUCAGAAUACCCAAUUUGGAAAAGGUGUCCAUGCUGACUUGGAUUUCAAGGAAGGAGAACUUAUUUUGAAGGAUCAAAUGCUUGUGGGUAUUCAGCAUCUGUCAAACAAGAUUGACUGUUUAGUGUGUAGCUUUUGUUUCAAAUUUAUCGGGUCAAUAGAACUUCAAAUUGGGAGGAAGCUCUAUUUGCAUAACUUGGGUGUGCCGACAAGCAACUCAUCUAAUAAGGGAACACUUGCAACUGUUUCCGAUGAUUUUGAUGACACAAAUUCAUCUGAUGAAGAAAAUGAUCAUUACAUGAAAGAUUGUAAAAAUUCAGAGAAAUGUGCUUCCAGCAGUUCCAGACAAAAAGUUAGUUUGCCUAAAGGGGUUACGGAAUCAUUAAUGAAUGGUGACUUAGUGCUGCCCCACUCCAACAAAUUUCCUUUACCUUCAGCCAUUUCUUGUCCUGGGGAAUGUGGAGAAGCAUUCUACUGCAGCAAACUAUGUUCAGAGGCAGAUUGGGCAUCUUCUCAUUCAUUACUUUGCACUGGAGAAAGGUCACAGUCACUGUCUAGAGAUGCACUUCUCAGAUUCAUUCAGCAUGCUGAUGAGACAAAUGAUAUCUUCCUCCUUGCAGCUAAGACAAUUGCUUUCACCAUUUUAAGAUAUAGAAAGCUAAAAGCUGCUUGUCUAAUAGGAAAACAAAAUUGUACUGAUUCUGUUGAGUUGGACCGCUCUGGACUCUCUUUACUUUUGGAGGCAUGGAAACCAGUAUCAGUUGGACACAAGAGAAGGUGGUGGGAAUGCAUUUCGUUGCCAAAUGAUGUUGAUGAUGAAAUUGCGUUUAGAAUGGAAGUAAGGGAUCUUGCAUUCACGUCACUGCAGCUCCUUAAGGCUGCCAUCUUCGACCAAGAAUGCGAACCCUUAUUCUCCCUUGAAAUCUUCGGGAACCUUAUUGGCAUGUUUGAGCAGAAUAAUCUUGAUUUGGUUGUAGCCUCUCCGGUAGAAGAUUACUUUUUGUACAUUGAUGAUCUUCCAUAUCCUGAAAAGAGCAAAGCCGAAGAAAUUACAGAGCCCAUUCUGGAUGCUCUUGGUGAUGAAUAUUCGAUUUGUUGUCAAGGUACCGCGUUUUAUCCUUUGCAGAGUUGUAUGAACCACUCUUGCCACCCAAAUGCAAAAGCCUUCAAAAGAGAGGAAGACAGGGAUGGCCAAGCUACGAUCAUUGCGCUCAGACCCAUUUCUAAAGGAGAUGAGGUUACCAUUUCAUAUAUAGAAGAGGAGGUCCCUCUGGAAGAGAGACAGGCUUUACUAGCAGAUUAUGGUUUCAAAUGUCGGUGCGCCAGGUGCUUACAAGAAAACACCUAAAUUCCGCAAAUCAUUUUACUUUGAUAAUUUAUCAAAUUUUGCAAAAUUUACUUGUCCUAUUUAAUAAUUUGUUGAAAUUCUAUCUUCUGAACGUCUCCUUACACGUGUUUGUGGAAACAUCCUGUGAUAGCUAUUACUAACUUUA